UGAUGACAUAAAAAAACAAAAGAAGCUGUAAUUCAAAUUUGACUUGAAUUGUGCUUGUGUCACAAAUUCAGUCACAAUCCAACCACCAUAUCACACUAUUUCAAUACGCUCAUUGGCGUGAGGGAAAUAAUCAUCGGAACAAACAACAGACUGCAACCCAUCAUAAUGAGCGCACAAUCGAUUUCUCUGGUGUUAUUCUGGAGCCGACCGGAAGAGGAAAGGCGACGGAUUAGCGCGGCCGUCCGAUGGAAUCGAACGUAAAGCCGAGCGCCAUCUGUGGAAGUGGGCCAUAGGGGCGGGGACACACGACGGCGGCGGCACUUCAUCCCGGCCGGAGCGCUCGCUCGGACUCAGAAGACAGACGAAUGAUGCUCGCCCCCACCCCCAUCCUCUACUCGUGACGAACAACAAUGGUGGACAACCGCUACGCCACGGCGCUGGUGAUCGCCUGCGUCCUCAGUCUCAUGGCCACUGUUUAUCUGUGCGUGGGCGUGGGCACGCAGCACUGGUACCAGUACAGCAGCCCGCCAGUGCGCGGCGAGGCCAAUAUGUCCGAGCUGCGCGGCCUCUACGACGAGUUCAUGGAUGGAGAGUUCGACGAGAAGACGUACAGCGACACUUUGUUCCGACUCAACGGCAGCGUGGGCCUAUGGUGGCGCUGCGUGCUCGUGCCCGACACCCCACACUGGUACAAGGAGCCAGGCGCCAAGAUGGCGUUGAAGUGCCGAAGGUUCACCGUGCAACAGCAGCUAACGCCCAAAUACAAGGAACCCGGAAACCACAACAGUGGAGAGGACAAGCUGCGCACAUACUUGUGGCGAUUCCAGUUCCUCCUGCCGCUCGUCUCUUUAGGCCUGGAGGUCUUGGCGGGUCUGAUCGGGUUCUGCGCCUGUCUCUGCCAAAGCCUCACGCCCACGCUCGCCAUUGGUGUUCUGCACCUGUUAACAGGUUUGUGUUCGUUGGCCACUGUGUGUUGCUAUCUGGCGGGGACGGACCUGCUCCACAGGGUCUCGGUGCUUCCCGACAAGGUGGACGGCUCCCUGGGCUGGUCCCUAUACUUGGCGCUCAUGUCCUCACCUCUCCACAUGAUGGCAGCUGCCUUGCUGGUGUGGGCGGCACGCAGCCACGGUCGUAACUACUACCGAAUGGCCGCCUACCGCGUGGCCUAACCAGUAUGAUCGGCGGUCCAAACGGAAGGAAUACUUGUGGUUCAUUUGAAACACCACUCGUUGGAACGGCUGCAAUACUGGCCGUUAAGAUGCACUUUGAUGACAUCACAAGUGUGCCAUCACUAUCAAAUGGAUAAAUCUGACCUAUGUGGUGAAUAUGCUUUGGAGAAUGAGAACCACAUGGUGUGUAUGUGUGUGUGUGUGUGUGUGUGUGUUGGUGGUGGGGGGGUGCACUAAAUAAUAAGAUUGCGAUUUCUUAUAUUUUUGAGAAAUUACUAGAACAGAAAGCUCUAAAUUUCAGGAAUACUCCUGAGGGGAAAAAAUAUAUAUAUUACCAGAAAAGAUGUAAUCUUAGAUAUGAUUGUUUUUCAGGAAGUCGUAAUGUUUCAAGAAAGUAGUCAUGUUUUGAGAUUUUUUUAAAAAAAAGAUGUUAUAUUUCAUUUGAGCAAAAAUGUCAUAUUUCAGAAAAGACAAUAGAACUACCGUAGAUUAUUAAAUUGGUAAUAUUUUGAUAAAAUCCAUGUUAGAGUACAAAAAUAUGUUUAAAUCCUAUACAAAUGAAGCUGUAUUUUUUAAAGAAAGCAAAUUGAAUAUUAAGAAUCUUGCCAGAAUGAAAAAUGUAUUUUGAGUUAGAAAACAUCAGAGUCUUAGGAGGGGGUCAAAAAGCACAAUGUUGAGGGCCCGAGUGGGGGGGGGGGUGCUUGAUGCUGCAUUUGGGUUUAUUCUCUUGUUUAAAUGACCUUUUUUCGCUUUGAUUUUCUUCUUUUCAGAGUGACCGUAGCAUCUUGGUUAACAAAACUGUGCAUUACCUUGUGAACUAAGUUUAUUUAUUUAUUUAUUUAUUUGGAAUGUGUGUGUUUUUUGUUUUUUUUAAAAUAUAUUUUGUAGUCGUCACUAAUUUAACUUGUAAGUGCUUGUGUUUUUCAGUACACUUAAGUCCUAUUGUCGUUUAUUAUUUCCAAAUGUUCGCACGCCCCCUCAGUGUAGAGACAACACUCAAACACACUGCUGGAAUUCAUUAUUCAUUUAUUUUUUAAACGGAUAUCCUUGCCCAUCAAGCAUUAUGAAUGUAUGUACGCUAACGACCGUAUUGCGAUACAGCGACUGCUCGCUCAUUUUUAAAAGCUACGGGCUGUCGUAAAGUUCUGCUUUUGGGAUAUUUUACCUCAGUUGAUUUCAAUCUAUUGGUUUAAUAUGUAUGUGACCUGCUCUUAAUGAGUGAUAUGUAAACGUAUUAUGUUGUUUUUAAAUUAAAGAAAAAAAUCCA